UUUUUCUUUUUUUUUUUCUUGUUUUUAUCUCGACUCCCUACAAAACUUCUUAAAUAGACAAGCCAUUAAUGAAACUCCUCAAGUUAUUAUCCUUUUCUCUCUUCCCCUUUGCUUAUGCGUCAACACAUGUCACGAUAUCAAACGAAACUUUUCAUGACCGUAUAGCAGCAUUUGGACCAAGAAUAUCUCCUAACGGAAAAUUAGGUUUUUUAGCAGAACCAGCCUCAGAUCCAACAGGAUGUAGUCUGGUUGAGCCACCGUGUACAGAUUGGAUCGCACUUGUCAGAAGAGGAGGAUGCUCAUUUAUCAGCAAAGUGCGAGCCAUGCAAAAGAGUGGAGCAAUAGCUGUCAUUGUAGGUGACCCAGAUACAAGGCAAAGGAUUACUAUGUGUACUUCAGGUGACACAUCAGAUAUUAUAAUUCCAAGUGUAUUUUUAGCAGAAAGUGAAUAUAAAAGGAUAUUGCAUUUAACCCAGUUAUUCAAAUCACCUUUAAUGACUAUAUUGCAACAAGAGUACACAGAGGCAGUCAAUUGGCCAUUCGUCAUUUUAUUUUCCCCUUGUGCCAUAUUAUUGAUCACCUAUGCAUAUUGUAAAGUUAGGCAGGGAGUUAAAAGAAGAAAGCAGCUAUCGAUUGUUUCAAAUUUGGGUGUCAAAUUAUAUCAUGAUCAAAAAGAAGAAGAGUCUUGUUCGAUCUGUUUACAAGAGUACAAAGAAAAUGAUUCGUUGCGUUUGUUGCCAUGCCAACAUCAAUAUCAUAAAGAUUGCAUUGAUGCUUGGUUGUUGACACAGAAUGGAUGGUGUCCUAUUUGUAAACAUGGCAUAACAUUAUCAAUGACGGCCAAAGAUUAUACUUAUAUGGGGAUUAAGCUUAGGAGCCACAUUUAUUAUUAUGACAAAGAAGACGAAAGUGAACUAUCUAAUGUCAACGCUCGACCCUAUCAGAAUCAAUUGGCCUUACCUCCCAGACAUCAAUUUCAAUCAUUACGUGAUCUAUCACAAAGAAAAGACCAAGAUGAAGAUGUCAGCAAGCCAUCAAUAGCCAUUCGCGUAUCUCUACCUAUGACCUCUAUAGCUGCUGCUUCAGUAGCAAAGUCACGACGAAUCAAAUUAAUCAAGGCUCAAACGGAGCCUUUGAUUAGACCACGUCGAUCAUUUUAA